AAAUUUGAAAAGUAAAGCAUGGAGGCACCUCAUGAAAAUGAAGAAGCUGCCGAAUCUGUGAAUGAGGAUGAGGAGAAGAAGGGCUUCACGUUAAAUCAAAUGGUGCCCGCUUAUAUGAAUGCGCUUUUGCGUCGGCAAUUUCUGCAGGAAAUGAUCAAGAGUUUACCAGCUCCUCUGCAGAAACGUAUAACAGCUUUAAAAAAUUUACAAUUGGAACAUUUAAAAUUGGAGGCUGAAUUUUUUGAUGAAGUUUAUAAGUUGGAAAAGAAAUAUCAGGAAAAGUAUCAGCCGCUACUGGAAAAACGAAAAGCUAUUGUCUGUGGUGACGUAGAGCCACCGGAAGAGGAUCCUAAAUGGAAACAGGAAUCGGAAGAGGAGAAUGCUGAAGAAAUGCCUGAUUUUAGUAAACUUUUAAAAAAAAUUAAAGAGAUUCCCGAAGAUGCUAAAGGUAUCCCAAACUUCUGGUUGACAAUUUUCCGUAAUACUGAGAUCCUAUCGGAAAUGGUUCAAGAGCAUGAUGAACCCGUUUUACAGAAGCUGACGGAUAUCACUAUUAAAUAUGAUGAUGAGCAUUCUUACACAUUGGAAUUCCAUUUCGAUAAAAAUGAGUACUUCUCGAAUAAAGUCUUAACUAAGCAAUAUUUCCUAAAAUCCACGGUGGACGAAGAUUACCCAUUUGGCUUCGAAGGUCCAGAGAUUUACAAGUGCAAGGGCUGCAACAUCAAUUGGGAGAAGAAGAUGAAUUUGACCGUCAAAACUAUACGUAAAAAACAAAAGCAUAAGGAACGUGGAGCUGUGCGUACUAUUGUCAAACAAGUACCCAACGAUUCAUUUUUCAACUUUUUCAAUCCCCCCGAAGUCUCCGAAGAUAAGGAUGAAAUCGAUGAAGAUUCUCAAGGAAUAUUGGCUACUGACUUUGAAAUUGGCCAUUUCUUACGCGCCAGAGUUAUUCCUAAAGCCGUUCUGUAUUACACUGGUGAUGUUAUUGAUGACGAAGAUGAGGACGAUGAUUCAUAUGAUGGUGAAGAAGAAGAAGAUGACGAAGAGUCUGGUGAUGAAAAGGAACACAAAUCUUCGGGUGGAAAUAAAAAGAAGCCCUCACCCAAUGAAUGCCAACAGCAAUAAACGCAACACGGAACAAUACUACAAUAACACAGCACACAUUACAAAGUGUGAAAUGAAAUUUCACUUUAGAGUGUGAUAAUAUCUUUAAAAAAAUA